CGGGUGAGAGAUAAAUGAUGUUCUUAAAAGCUGUGACAGAGCAUGUUUCCAUGCCAGCACAAACAAACCCCCAUUAAUUUCUUGCCCAAGCUACUGAUUUUUAUGGCGAAGGGAGUAUUCAAAUUCCUAGCGGUUCUCUCUCAAGUCUUAAAGGGUUGCUUUCUCUCGUCCUGUUUUUGAUGAACUAACUAGGCAGGCGCAUUUGUUUUGCUGCGAUCGAAUUUACAUCCUAAGGUUUGUUGUUACAGAAGGUUAUGGAUCAUACACUCAGAAAGUUGCCUGAGGCCGAUAUAAACAGACUGAGCAAUAUGCACGCCCUUGGUCCUGCUUUGGACUCUGAUCCAAUGCUGGACUACAUUUUCCAGAUUCUACUGGAGGAGGAUAGCAUGGAUGGGAACAACCACAACAUGUUCCUUGAUCCCCUUGCUCUUAGUGCUACUGAGAAAUCCUUUAUUGAAGCCUUGCAUGGUAACUCUUCCUCACCAUUUCACAGUAAUGAUGUUCGUCCCAUUGAACCGAAGUCAUCUGAGACAUCUGAUUGGAGCUAUGGUGUUGAUCUUCCGGAUCUCACCAUCCUGCCGUCAUUAAGCAUGACUAACUUGGGUGGCCUAAAUGGGGCUUUGUGUAGCCGUGAUAGUCUUGAUAUAGUUCCAAAUAUAUUUUGUGAUGAUAAUACUGAGUCCAUUUUGAAAGUACAGAGAGGUGAGGAAGAAGCUGAGAAACACCAAUCUCCUCCAGAGACCAGAGAUGUUGUUUCCAAUAUAGAGAAGGACCAAUCAGCUGAUCCAUGCAGAGGGAAGAAGCAUUUCCAUCCAGAUGACAUUGGUGUAGAAGAAGAAAGGAGGAUGAAGCACUCUGCAGUAUAUAAGGAGGAGGUGGAGUUAUCGGAGGUGUUUGAUAAGGUUUUGUUGUGUGUUGGUGAUGAUGACACUCCCUCUAGAGUUGGCCGCACACAACAGAAAGGGCGAAGUGGGCGCAAGAACCAUUCAAAGAAAAGAAGGGAUAGUUGUGAAAUUGUGGAUUUGGAGGCUCUUUUGACUAGUUGCGCAGAAUCUGUUGCUGCUUGUGAUUAUAGCACAGCGGAAGAUGAACUGAAGAAGAUCAGACAUCACUCUUCGCCUACUGGCAACGCAAAGCAAAGGCUCGUUAAUUUUUUUGCGGAUGGUCUUGCUGCACGGCUGGCUGGAACUGGAACACAGCUGUGUGCAACUUUAUCUCAAUCUCCUUAUGAUAGCAUGGUCUCUGAGAUGCUAAAAUCCCACCUAUCACCUUUGCCAUUUGUGAGAUUAUCAAUUUUCUUUGCAAAUAAAAUGAUUUAUGAAGUAGCAUCGGAAGCUGAAUCACUGCACAUUAUAGAUUUUGGUAUUCUUUACGGUAUUCAGUGGCCCACUCUUAUUCGGGAUCUUUCAGAGAGGCCUGGUGGUCCUCCAAAACUUCGAAUAACAGGGAUUGAGCUUCCCCAACCUGGUUUCCGUCCAUCACAAAUGGUAGAGCAGACUGGUUGUCGCUUGGCAAAAUAUUGUGAGCGUUUCAAUGUACCGUUUGAGUACAAUUCUAUAACAGCAAAGAAUUGGGAGACACUUAAAAUUGAUGACUUCAAGCUUGUGAAUGGUGGUGAGGUGGUUGCUGUUAACUGUGUUGUUAGACUCGAACAUCUAUUGGAUGAAACAGUAGUUGUUGGGGAUGGCCCCUGCCCCAGAGAUUCAAUUUUUAACUUAAUCCGGGAAGUAAAUCCUGAUAUAUAUGUGCAAUCUGUACGUAAUGGAGCCAACAACUCUCCUUUCUUUUUGUCUCGGUUUCGGGAGGCUCUCUUCUUCUACUCUGCUGUCUUUGAUAUGUACGAUGUUGUUAUACCAGGCCAUAGUCGUGAGAUGAUGAUUUUCGAAAAAGAAUUUUUGGGACGCGAAAUAAUGAAUAUCAUUGCAUGUGAGGGCAUAGAAAGAUCACCGAAGACUGAAACGUACAAGCAGUGGCAUUCUCGAAAUAUAAGGGCUGGGUUAAAACCGGUUCCCAUAAAUCCUGAAGUUUUGAAGAAGUACAAAAGCAAGGCGAGAACAGGAUAUCACAAAGAUUUUCUUUUUACCGAAGACGGCCAUUGGAUCCUGCAGGGGUGGAAAGGUCGGAUUUUUGGUGGCAGCUCUUGCUGGGUAAGUGCGGGCAAGACAUGCAACCUCUGAGAGCUAGUACAAUAACUAUUGCCAAGUAAUCUUUCUGUAUUUCGGAUACUUUACAGGCAUGCAAGUAACCUUUCGAGCAAUAUUGUAAUUCACAUUUCGUGCUUUCCUGUGUUUCGUGUCCUUACAGCAUAUCCCACAAGUUGUUCUCCAGAGUUUAAAGCCAUAAGCUGUUGUCAAGAAGAACUGUUUACCGUAGAGAUCAUCGGUUAAGGCCAUUUUCUAUUUUUGGAUUUUUUCUUUAAUUUAGAAAAUCUUAAACUGAUUACAUCCUAUCAAGGUGAAGUGUUUUCCUAGCUCUUCUUUCAAAAAGUUUAUAGUGGUAUGUUUGUGUGAACUUACAUUGUCUUUAUAAUGGAUGGUUGUACUCUAUGAUGUUAAACCAAACCAAACCUAGGCAAUUGAGCCCAACGGAUGGUUAAAACUUAAGAGACCAUUUAUUUUCGUACUAGUUUAUUUGCUAUGUAAAAUCACAUCAGGUUACAUGAUUUCAUGUUUCUAGAUUUUUAUUUACAUUUGUG